AUGUCUCUUUCUCCUUCAUUCAAUCUCAAAAUUAGGCUUCCGUCUAACUGUUAUAAACCUGCAUCAAACCUCAAUACAGCCUUUCCUAAAAUUUUAUCGAUAACAAAUUCACAGCAGUAUGAAUGUCCAACUUUUCUGUACCCCCCAGCAAACCAGAGCGUCGCAGCAAUUGUUUUCGGUGAUGGUUCACAUUCACAACUCUAUCCAUUGACAAAGCGAAGAGCAGAAGGUGCCCUUCCUAUAUCUGGAAAUUACAGACUGAUUGAUGCAGUUAUCAGCAAUUGCAUCAAUAGCAGCAUUACCAAAAUCUACGCUCUUACGCAGUUUAACUCUACUUCUCUAAAUUCUCACCUUUCAAGAGCUUAUGCUGGGGCGCGUCUUGGAAAAGAUGGAUUCGUUGAAGUUAUAGCAGCGUAUCAGAGUCCAGAAGACCAUGACUGGUUUCAGGGAACUGCUGAUGCAAUAAGAAGGUGUUUGUGGGUGCUCGAGGAGUAUCCGGUCAUGGAGUUUCUAGUUCUUCCUGGCUACCACCUUUAUAAAAUGGACUACCAGAAACUUAUAGAGGCUCACAGGAACAGUAAAGCUGAUAUAACUGUAUCAGUAUUGAGUAGUUCAAGAGAUGAAGAUUUAGGAUUCGGAAUUUUCAAAUUAAAUGCUCAAAGCCAAGUUAUCGAUUAUAGAGAGAAUCCUAUGAUGGACCCUUUGAAGUCCACGUCAGUAAAAAAUUCGGUGAAAUUCAAUGACGAUGCUCAUCAUAAUUUCCCCAGCAUGGGAAUCUGUGUCGUUAACAAAAAUAUUAUGAGAAAGCUCCUGAUGGAACAUUUUCCUUUAGCGAAUGACUUGAGAAGUGAAGUAAUUCCAGGUGCAAUUUCCCUAGGAAUGAAGAUCUGUGCUCAUCAAUUUGAUGGUUUUUGGGAAGACAUGAGAAGCAUAGGAGCUUACUACCGAGCUAACAUGGAAAGCACCAGAAAAACAAAGAAUGCAUACAGCUUCUACGACAAAGACUCUCCAGUUUACACUUUACCUCGGAAUCUGCCUCCGACACUAAUAACCGAUGCUCUUAUUACAGAUUCUGUCAUUGGGAAUGGUUGCAUUCUCAGCAAAUGCAUGAUAAAAGGUACGGUUGUAGGAAUGAGAACAAUAAUUGGUGAGGGAGUCGUCAUCGAAGAUUCAGUCAUUAUGGGUUCCGAUACCUAUCAAACAAACAAUGUCCAGAAUGGGGCCGGCGAAGAGAAAGAUGUCUGCAUUCCUGUUGGAAUAGGAGAAGGUUCACACAUAAGAAAAGCUAUAAUUGACAAGAAUGCAAGGAUCGGCAGAAAUGUUAUGAUUAUAAACAGGGAUAAUGUGCAAGAUGGAAACAAUGAAAAGAAUGGAUUUAUCAUCUCAGGAGGGAUAGUUGUAAUAUUAAGAAGUGCAGUGAUUCCAGGUGGGAGCAUCAUCUGA